AUGCGCCGAGGCACAGGCAACAAAAGCGGUGGUAUAUCGCCACUCUUUCUCCUAGUUACACUUUUAUCAUAUUUCUUCUCGCUAUCUCAAGCACAAUCGCUCUCUAUCGUUGCAGAUGCUACCGCUGUCCGUCAGACUGAAUUGUCCACUCCUUCCACUGCAACAAUAUCUGACAGCACAGUCCGCCCAAGCGACGCAACCCAGACUGAGGAUGAACUUAUCCUCAAAGCACGCGCUGUUCUCCAACGCCGCAACAAGGCUCGCACCGCUCGUCCAGCCGUAAACAAAUAUGAGUUUGCCAACACAGACGAGUUAAUCGCGAACGCGACUCUUGCCGCGUCCCUGCCGCUCGAUGGUUCAGACGUGACCGCAAAUGCGACUGCCGGCAUGCGUUUGAUGGGUGACACCAACAUCACCGAAGAUGUUGCCUCGUCGUACUCCAUUCCGGAGGAGCUGGCCAAGGCCGCCGCUCGUAUUGCCGAGGCAAUCCCUCAGGUCCCUAAGGGCAACCAUUCGGAAGUAGCCCGGAAGACCCUCGAGAAGUACCGCCACCGCAAGGUCAACGACACGAACGUGGCGCCCCAGCAGCAGCGGCCGUAUGGACGGCUUGGAUCUUUUGGUGUCGGUCAAGGUUUCUCGCAGCUGCAUUCCAACUCCAUGGCUGUCCUAUCUGACGACAUGUCCGUCACUGCCGAGACCUGGUGGAUGGCGCAACAGCAGCAACUCGGCUCGGCACCAUUCGCGCCAGCAUCUAACUACAAGGUUUGGCGUAAUGUCAUGGACUAUGGCGCAAAGGGUGAUGGCAAGACGGACGACACAGCCGCCAUCAACCGCGCCAUCUCAGACAGCCAGCGGUGUGGCCCAGAAUGUGGCACCAGUACCGUCGUGCCCGCCGUCGUGUACUUCCCGUCGGGAACAUACCUGGUCAGCUCGCCCAUCAUUCAGUACUACAACACACAAUUUCUGGGUGACCCCAAUUCUUUGCCCACCAUUCUCGCUGCCUCUAGUUUCGUUGGGCUGGGCGUCAUCACCAGCUCGCCAUACGUCUCGGAUAACGAGGGUUGGUACCUCAACACGGCCAACUUCCUCCGCAGCAUCCGCAACUUCAAGAUUGACAUCAGGCUGACGGACCCAAGCUCGUACAUCUGUGGCAUUCACUGGCAGGUUUCGCAGGCCACGUCGCUGGAGAACAUUGAAUUUUACAUGCUGUUCAACUCGGAUGUCCCGGGUAACACCCAGCAGGUAAAGCAAUCAGCUUGA